AUGCCGUUAGAGCUCACGCCGUCCAGCCUGCGGGAACUGUGCAAAGCACACAAACAGUAUGUCUCCUGCCCGGAGCUCAAUGACGUGCUUUACCUGCAGUGCAAGGGUAUCCUUAGGAUCCAAAGCUUGGAGGCGUACACUGGGGUCACUACUCUCUACCUCGAGGGCAACGCCAUCACACAGAUCGAGGGCCUGGCGGCGCUGACGGUGCUGCGCUGCCUGUACCUCGGACGCAACCUCGUUUCUCGCAUCCAAGGCCUCGGCGCGCUCACCAACCUGGACACACUCGAUCUGCGGGACAACAGGAUCAGCAGGGUGGACGGCCUCGACGGGCUGCCAAACCUGCGCACCCUCAUCUUGUCCGGGAACAAGCUGGCGACCGCAGACGACCUGUCGGGCCUCUCGGCCGUCACCGCCAGCCUGACGUGCUUGGACGUCGCCCGCAACAGGCUGGAGGGGGAGGACGCGCUGCGGGCGCUGCUGGAGCUGCGGGGCCUGGCGCUGCUGGCGGCGGCCGGCAACCCGAUCUGCGGCGGCACGCAGUGGGUGCAGCACCUGGGUCGCGGGCGGUGGCUUGAGCAUGUCGGUUAG